AUGCUCACAGCCUGGGCGCUUCUGCUCUUCUUAGCCAUGUUGGUGAGAAGCACCUCUGGUGGCCCGCUCUCCUUCAGAAUAGCUGCCAUCCUUGAUGACCCUAUGGAGUGCAGCAGGGGAGAGCGUUUAGCCAUCACGCUGGCCAAAGACAGCAUCAACAGGAACAGUAACCGCUCCACCACUGGCAAGCUGGAGGUGGACAUCUUUGAACUGCUGAGAGACAGUGAAUAUGAGAUGGGGGAAACAAUGUGCCAGAUCAUGUCGAAAGGCGUUGUGGCAGUCCUCGGUCCCUCUGCCAGUCCAGCCUCCAACUCCAUCAUCAGCAAUAUCUGUGGAGAGAAGGAGGUGCCCUAUGUCAAGGUGGCUCCAGAGGACAUCCUGAAGGUUCAGUUCCCCCGGUUCACCACGCUGGACAUGAGGCCAACCAACACCGACAUUAGCCUGGCUGUGGCCGGCCUUCUCACCUUCUUCAACAGCACCACAGCCUGCCUCAUUUGUGCACAGGCUGACUGCUUACUGAACCUGGAGCAGCUCCUCAGGCAGUUCCUCAUCUCCAAGGAGACUUUGUCGGUGCGCAUGCUUGACGACAGCAACGACCCGACCCCGCUUCUGAAGGAGAUAAGAGAUGACAAGACUGCCACUAUCAUAGUCGAUGCCAACGCCACCAUGUCACAUAUCAUUUUGGAACGGGCAUUAGAGCUGGGGAUGCUGUCAGUCUACUACACCUACAUCUUCACCUCUCUGGAAUUCUCUUUACUCCGACUGGACGACGUGGUGGACCAAAGAGUCAACAUAGUCGGAUUUUCAGUCUUCAACAAUACUCACCCCUUCUUCCAGGAUUUUGUGCUAAGCCUCAACCGCUCCUGGCAAGAGAACUGUGACCAUGCACCCUUUGCUGGCACCCCACUCUCCUCAGCUCUGCUCUUUGAUGCGGUUUACGCGGUGGUGGCGGCAGUCCAGGAGUUGAACCGUAGCCAGAAUGUUGGCGCCACUCAGCUCUCCUGCAAGUCAUCCAAGAUCUGGGAGCACGGCACCAGCCUCAUGAACUACCUGAGGAUGGUAGAAUUGGAAGGUCUAACGGGCCACAUUGAGUUCAACAGCAAAGGUCAGCGGUCUAACUACGCCCUGCGGAUCAUGCAGAGCAGCAGGGAUGGCCUAAAGCAGAUUGGCCUGUGGCACUCUGAAGACGGACUGUCCAUGGAGAGAAAGCUUCCUUCAAUCAAUGUGACGGACACCCUCUUCAACACUACUCUAACCAUCACAACAAUACUAGAGAAUCCGUAUGUGAUGCUGCGACCGAACCACCAAGAGCUGGAGGGAAAUGACCGCUACGAAGGCUUCUGUGUGGACAUGCUGAAGGAGCUCGCAGAUAUUCUCAAGUUCAAGUAUCGCAUCCGGCUGGUGGGGGACGGACUGUAUGGGGUUCCUGGAGCCAAUGGAACGUGGACCGGCAUGGUUGGAGAGCUCAUAUCUAGGAAAGCUGACCUGGCAUUGGCAGGCCUCACCAUCACAGCAGAGCGUGAAAAGGUCAUCGACUUCUCCAAGCCCUUCAUGACCCUCGGCAUCAGCAUCAUGUACCGCGUCCACCUGGGACGUAGGCCAGGGUACUUCUCCUUCCUGGAUCCCUUCUCCCCUGGUGUCUGGCUCUUCAUGCUCCUGGCCUAUUUGGCUGUCAGCUGCGUCCUCUUUCUGGUGGCCAGAUUGACACCUUAUGAGUGGUACAACCCCCACCCGUGUCUUAAGGGUCGCUGUAACCUGCUGAUUAACCAGUACUCACUCGGCAACAGCUUCUGGUUCCCUGUUGGAGGCUUCAUGCAGCAGGGAUCCACCAUUGCUCCAAGAGCUCUGUCAACACGUUGUGUCAGCGGAGUGUGGUGGGCCUUCACAUUAAUCAUCAUAUCAUCCUACACUGCUAACCUGGCUGCCUUCCUAACAGUCCAGAGGAUGGAGGUGCCGAUAGAGUCAGUAGACGACCUGGCAGAUCAGACGGCGAUAGAGUACGGCACCAUGCACGGAGGAUCCACAAUGACUUUCUUCCAGAACUCUCGCUACCAGACCUACCAGCGUAUGUGGAACUUCAUGCACUCAAAACAGCCCAGUGUGUUUGUUAAGAGCACGGAGGAGGGCAUCGCCCGUGUCCUCAACUCCAACUAUGCUUACUUGCUCGAGAGCACCAUGAACGAGUACUACCGGCAGAGGAACUGCAACCUGACUCAGAUUGGAGGGCUGCUGGACACCAAGGGCUACGGCAUCGGCAUGCCGCUAGGGUCAGUGUACCGUGAUGAGUUUGACCUGGCUAUCCUCAAAAUGCAGGAAGACAAUCGUUUGGAGAUCUUCAAGAGGAAGUGGUGGGAAGGUGGAAAGUGUCCAAAGGAAGAGGACCACCGUGCCAAAGGUCUGGGCAUGGAGAACAUUGGCGGUAUCUUCGUGGUGCUGGUGUGUGGCCUGCUGGUGGCUAUCUUCAUGGCAGUGCUGGAGUUUGUCUGGAUGUUAAGACAGGCACCAGGAAAUGAGCAGUCAGUGUGUGAGGAGAUGCUGCGGGAGCUCCAUGGGAUUGUCCUGUGCCGCGACAGCCUGCAGGUGAGGCGCCGGCGGACGCCUUCGACGCUGCGACCGCGGCCCUUACCCCUGGAGGAGCGUCGUGCGCGAGCUGCUGCCGUCAGCCUCAGCAACGGCAAGCUGUGCGGAGGCACCGGACUGCCUGAACCCCUCUCCCACAGACUGGCACAGGAGGCUGCCUUGGUUGCGAGGGGGUGCAGCCACAUCCGCAUUUGCCCCGAGUGCCGGCGCUUCCAGGGACUGAGGAUGCGUCCUGCAGGGGCCACUGGGGCCCUCCCUUCUCCCACCCACAGUGAGGAGAGCAUAGAGUGGGACAAGACCACAAAUAGCAGUGAACCUGAAUAA